CUUCCAACGGAUAAGAUGCAUGAGCCAUCAUUUUUCGGUGUACCGAGUUCCGGGGAAAGUGCAUUGCUCACCUUUUUGGAUCAUAUGACGUAGAACUGUGUAGAGCACGCUUAUGAUGGAUUGAAUGAAGCCACCUCUCUCUCUCCCUCUCCCAUCAUCCAUCUUCCUCCAAACAUGUCCGCCCCCAUCGACCCGCAAGCCUUACUGGCUCAAUUAACGUUGGAAGAAAAGAUUCAAUUAACAGCAGGAGCUGAUUUAUGGAGAACGGUUGCAAUUGAACGAUUGAAGAUCCCGUAUAUCAAAUUAACAGAUGGUCCAAUAGGUGCACGCGGAGGGGGUGAUUUUCAUGAUUCAACUCCGUCCACUUUAUUUCCUUCACCUUCUUGUUUAGGUUCAACAUGGGAUACAAAGUUGGCAUACGAGAUGGGAAAGCAAAUCGCAUUGGAUGGUAUUGAGAAACAAUGUCAUGUCAUUCUUGGACCAACGAUUAAUGGUCAACGUGAUCCAAGGGCAGGAAGAUUCUUUGAAAGUUAUUCGGAAGAUCCAACUUUGAUGGGUUUUCUGGCAAGUCAUUGGGUUCAAGGCGUUCAAAGUUGUGGUGUUGGUGCAACGAUGAAACAUUUCGUUGCAAAUGAAGCUGAAUAUGAUCGAAGAAAUAAUUCUAGUGAUGUUUCAAUUGAAGCUUUACGUGAAGUGUAUUUGGAGCCUUUUAGGAUCAUUAUGGCAGAUAUGCAACGUAAAGCGAGUGCCCAUGAUGAUCCAUUCAAAUUUCAACCUGCAUGUGUAAUGACUGCUUAUAAUCGUGUCAAUGGCGUUUCAUCUAGCGAAAAUGAUGCAAUGAUUACCGACAUCUUACGUAAAGAAUGGGGCUUUGAUGGUUUAGUCAUGUCGGAUUGGUUUGCCAUGCAUGCAAAUGCAUUCAAUGCGACUGAUUUAGAAAUGCCAGGUCCAACAAUCUUCAGAACAAUUGAAAAAACAAUUGAUACGAUCAAAAAAGGUGAUGAAGAAGGUAAAAAGAUGGCAAAGGAUUUGGAUCGUUGCGUUUUAAAGGUGUUGGAAUUGGUCAAGAAGGUUCAUAAGCUUGGCUAUCAAAAAUCCGUUGCUGAUGAAGUUGAAAAGAGCGUCCCAAUCGAACAAGUCGGACCUGCAAUUCGAAAGAUUGGAGCUGAAGGAGCAGUCUUACUAAAGAAUGACAACGAUAUCCUACCAAUCAUCCCCAAGAAGGAUCUUAAGAUCUUAUGCGUUGGUGCACCUUGGAUUGAAGCCGUUCAAUCUGGCGGUGGUAGUGCAAAUUUGACACCACAAAAAGUUAUGCAACCUUUGAGCACAUUCAAGGAUGCACUCAAGAACGAAAAAGGCGGACAAGAUGUGACGGUAAACCAUCACAACGGUAUUGGAAUUCAUAAUUUCGUCAAACCAUUAGAACAAUCUAUCAAAUUGGACUUCCUCACAGGCCGACAACCCGGAAAGGGUGAAGUGGUAGCCAGUACGACCGGACAAAAAGCCACUUUGAGUACAAUGUUGCCAAAGCCAAAAGAAGUUCCAUGGAACGAUUAUUGGGUUCGUGGAUCGCUUGACCUUGAACCUGUUAAGAAAGAUUGUCAAUUACGUUUCGGUCUUUUGGGUUUAGGUACGAUCACUGCUUACCUUACAAUCGAUGGUGACAAGAGCAAACAAUCUAUCUGGAACUUUGACGGAGAGACAGACUUGUUCGAGUCAAUCGUCAAUCCUUUGCGUAAUUGGCAAGAGAAUGUGAUCACCGUCAAAGCAGGUCAAAAGAUUCAAAUUGAAGCUCAUUUCGUUCCUCGUUUGGUUGGAAAAGAACAUGGGGAUGCCAAGUAUGGUGGCUUCCAAAUCGGAAUGGAAGAAGUGGAUGAUGAAGAUGCUUUGAUUGCUGAAGCAGUUCAACAAGCCAAAGAAGCAGAUCUAACUGUAAUCAUGACAGCAGUAGGUAAAGAUUGGGAAAGUGAAGGUUUUGAUCGUCCCACGAUUUUCUUGCCAAGACGUCAAGAUGAUUUAGUCAAUCAAGUCACAAAAGCAUGCCCUGGCAAAACUGUUAUUCUCAAUUUGACCGGAAGCGUUGUAGAAAUGCCUUGGCGUAAUGAUGCGACUGGAAUCGUUCAAUGCUGGUAUGGUGGUCAAGAAGGUGCUGUUUCAUUGUCGGAUAUCUUAUUGGGUCGUGGUGAUGCACCUGCAAGUGGUCGUUUAGCACACGUCUGGCCAGCCAGAAUCGAAGAUCAUCCUUCUGGUGUUGAUGAAGCAUACUUCCCUGGUACACAUCUUCCGAACGAUAAAGAAGGCCCACAUACAGAAUACGUUGAAGGUCGUCUGGUAGGCUACAAAUAUUAUAACAAAAACAAGAAUGCAAAUCAACCAGCUUUCCACUUUGGCGAAGGUUUAGGUGGUUAUACCACAUUUGCAACUGAAGGUCCCGUCGUGAAAGGAUCAACAAAGAUCAACAAAUCAUCUUUACCACUCUCAUUAACAGUCAAAAGUACAAAUAAAGGCAAAAGAAGUGGUAAAGAAGUUGCUCAGAUUUAUCUCCGUCCACAUGUGCCUUUAAGUGAUGCCAAAGAUGAACCAAUUCAACGCUUAGCAGGAUUUGCUAUCUUACGUCCUGCUCCCGGUCAAUCGGAAGAAGCAGAGAUUCAACUAUACCAAGAGACAUUCAGCCAUUGGGACGAAAAGAGUCGUUCAUGGCAAGUGAAACAAGGAGAUUACGAUCUCGUCUUGGCCCGUUCAGCUCGUUAUGGCGAAGAACUUGGCAAGGCAACCAUCACAAUCGAUCAAUCAUGGUCAUGGACAGGAACUGGUGUAAAUUAAUCAGGCUGACGAAAAUUAGGUAUGAUUGUAGAUAUGUGUGCGA